GUGCGGAGAAGGGACGAGAGUGGCAUUGUAAAGAAACGCUGCUGAUUAGGAUCACAGGAUUGAAUCAACACCACAGUAUAUAGGAGGGUAGCAGCAUAUUCUGCGUAAGAAGACAAAGCUUUGAAAGAGCAAACAGGGAGAGCUCUCAGGGAAAAAUAAGAAGGCCGGCAGCUUAAGUUGCCUGGAAGUACUACUGUUCCCCCAGACGGCCCCUUGAGCCGACGCAAAGCGAAGCUGCGGGGAAAACGCCGGGCACGUGAUGCUAUCUGAGAUCCACUUCUUCUGCAGCGCAGUUAAUCUCUUUUUUCCUCGCCGGAAAGACGCGAUCAGCGAACUCCUCCGACGUCACCGGGUCCAUUGUCCUGGUGGCUUACAGCGUAUCCAUCUGAUUCGGUCUUACGGUCGCUCUGGAAUUUGUCCUACUUGGUCUCGACAAGCUGACUCAUCUCUUUGUUUGCUGUUUCGCUCGGCUCACCUUUUGUGUCUCUGCUUUCCUUUCUAGUAAUACCCAUUAGACUUGGCAAUUUUCCACCAUUUCUGUUAUCGCCCUUGUAUACGCUUUGGAACCCUAUAUUUGACAGUCUUUCGCUUUACUAUACCCAAGAUGUCUGAUGAUGAAGAGUACUACGAUGAAUACGACGAAGAUAUCUUCUGGAUUGAGGAACCGGAACCGGAGAUCGCCGAUGACCUCGCCGCAACCGCAGUCUAUGACGCUCUCUUCUUUGAGGAUCCCUCACUCGAGGUAGAAGACUACUUCAGCGACUGGGACGACCAAUCCGACGAUUACUACGACGAAGACCCAACCGCCGUACGGCUCCAGCGAGCAAUGGGCCUCUGGCCAAACAACUACAACAUCAAAGAAAUCAACGACAUUCUCGCCGCAAAAAAGGACCUUUCAGCCCACAACGGAACCAUCCCCAAGAAGACCCUCCCCGAGACAAACGUGGCAUCGUUCCAGGGCACGGUAUGGAAGACGCUCCACGACGACAGUCCACCCCGUAAAUUGUACGAGCCUGGCGACGGCGAAAAAGUGGCCCUCCUGAAGAAUUGGCGCGAGGUGUUCCGGUCAUCCCAUCCUGCCAUUGGGCGGGUGCGAAUGCGGAAAGUCAGCUCCGACAUGGCCCCGCCUCGGGCGCCAGUGGUCUCUAAGAGGGCGGAUACCAGUUCUGAUGAUAUGUCUACUGCGUCCUCGUUGGAGAGCCUUCGCGAGACUGAUGUUGGGUCUGAUGGUUGCUCGAAAACUACCACUCCGGCGGAGCCAUCGCUCUCUCCGCCCUUGACGGUGCAUUCGCAUAGGGUGAUCAAGUCGGCUUCUGAUCUGCCAGUCAAUUCUAAGAUGCUUGAGCAUGAGUUCCCUAUCGAAGCGCCUGAGUCAUACGAUGAUCCAAUGGCAAUGGAACCGGAGUCACCUGAUCUGCAAUCUGCAACAACGCAGGACCAGGAGUCUAGCCCAAAGAAACCUAAUUCUGCAACCGCGCCAUCUACCAGGACAAGGAAACGAAAGGCGUCCGAUGCACUAGACCAACCGGAUGUAGACAAAAAUCAAACAACCACCAGAUCUAAGAGAAUUGCAUCGAAGAAAGUGGGUGAAACCGCGGACCCUCCAGCGGCGUCGGGUCCUGUACGGAGGUCCACCAGGAACAAGGCCAAGCAAUAGACGGAAGGGGCCAUGAAGAUAUGAAAUCGUUAUUCUGUAUCUAAUUCAACACUCUGCCCAUUGGCGGCUAAAUAUAACAAAUGCCAGCUAUAUAUGACAUGAUAGAAGGAAUGCAAUUAAAACAGGAACGUAUACAACUAUGCAUACUCCUUAUUGAAUGCCCGUCCAAUGACCAUCCGUCUGAUUUCGCUGGUCCCCGCACCGAUCUCGUACAGCUUCGCAUCGCGAAGCAACCGUCCUGCGGGGAGCUCAU